CUUUGCUGUGCUUCUCUGAGAAACACACACACACCAGAACGCUCUUCAUUGCUGCUUAAGGGAGAGUGCUGAAUCCGUUCCACUCUUUCAGGAUCAUGCUGCCCUGGAAAAGGAGUAAGUUUGUGCUAGUGGAGAAUGAGUCCAAAAGCAAGCCGAAAAGUCUUGGAGCUGGGCUAACUUACCAUUCGCUGCUGUCGACUUUGCUCCACUCUUGUCCGGAUCUCCUUCCCGACUGCCCGUUCCACUGGUUGGGGAGCGUCUUCCACAGCAAACGGCAAAAAGUGGAGCUUAAUAAGGAGGAACCCACCUAUAAUGUGCGUUACCUGGGCAGCGCGGUCACUAUUGUGGCUAAAGGCGAGGACUGUACGCAGGAGGCGGUGGCUAAGAUUUGGACCCGCAGCAACUAUGGCGAACAGAGCGCUAAGAUGAAGAUAACUGUAGGGCCUCAUGGGAUACGCAUGGGAGUUGAUAAAAGUGGCAAAAAGAAGCCUAGUCACCUCUUUUCUCUCAACCGGAUCACGUACUGCACUGCUGAUCCAUUCCGGCCCAAGAUAUUCGCGUGGAUUUACAGGCAUCAGGUGAAGAAUAAAGCGGUGGUGCUGCGCUGCCAUGCUGUCCUAUUGGCCAAGGCGGAAAAGGCCAGAGCGCUAGCGCUCAGCCUCUACCAAAACACAACAUCUGCGUUCACAGAGUUCAAGAGGCUAAAGCGCCAAUCUGACUUCCGUCAUUGCCAGCAGCAGCUGCUGGGUGAAGACAUCGUGCCUCUUAUGCCUCUUCGGAGACUCCUGAAUGGCCAAUGCCACUACCAGCCACCUGCAGAAAAGCCCGGGAGCGCCACACGACUUUCUUCGAUUACAGAGGAAGAGGAGGAUGAGGAUGAACUGGGGGGUGCCCAAUCCACAAACAGCAGUCCAGAGAAAGAGAAAGAUGUGGGGAAGAUUGUAAAUAGACUGGAUGAGGUUUCAGUUACCAGCUGGGAUGAAGCACAGAUGACUAUCAGCACUCUGGUGUGACAUCACAUGGAUACAAUUUAGUGUCCACACCACUGAGCCUCCGUCCUGUCGCCUAUCCCGCCAACCCACUCUCUCUGGUACGUCCAUUGAUGCACCAUGAAACAGCCCUCCAAAAAUUCGGGAGAAUGACAGUCGGGCAGUGUUGCCUACAGAGGAAGCGUUCUAGAGGGAAAGCCAGUAGAAGCACAAUACAAGGAGGUCCACAGGUACGCCAAUCAUUCGGAAUUGGUGGAGAGCUUACACCGAAAAGCCUUUAUCUAUCCCCGACAUCAAGCAAAGCUUAAACGGCACACCAAAAGACUGUAAAGCAUUCAUCUCAUACUCACAGCACCUAGUGAUAUUGUGAGUACAUGCCAAGUGCUUUAGACUGAUGGACUAUGUGAAGGAACUACUUUUUGUACAGCAAGUCUGUCUUUUGAUGUUCAUAAGUCUGUCCCCCGGUGACCUCUCUCAGGAGCUCUGCUUCAAUGGGAUGCGGCUAAAGCUGGUUUAUUGGCACUGGGAGCAGCACUAAUGAAUUAAACCAUAACUUAGGAAUCGAGCCAUUGACUUGACAUGUUUACUGCUACCAUUCGUCAUAGCUCUGCUAAUCAGUAAUGCAUAGCAAGUGGAGGCAUCACCUGUGACGUUUGAAACGGGCCUUUUUAAUAGCGUUUUUAAACCGUAUCAAUUUUACACUGUGAUUUUGUCUGGGACCAACGAGAGCAAAGUAUAUUGUGUUUAUACUGACAAGCAGUUGUAAUUUAUGCUGAAUUUGUGUCGGUGUAUUGCGUUAGUCAUGACAACUCAUUUUUAUGCCGUUCACGUGAAGGUCGUAGCUUCCAUCUGUCAACUCUGGCAUGUGUUUUUGUAAUUUCAGCGCAUCGUAUUAAUCUUCUGGAAAAUGAUUGGGAAACAUUUUUCUACUACUUUCAUUUUUUUCUGCACAAUAAGACACAGUCAGUGUGAAAAAUUGCCAUAUGUUGUAUAAUAAAAUGUUUGCUUAUG